CCUCGCCAUUUUUACUCAUCUUCCUCACAAGCAACCCACAUUCUUCGAUUAGAAUGAAUUCCAUGGCUAUUUUGGGUUUUUUAGUUGUGGGUUUUCUCUCAAUUGCUUCCUCCGUCAAUGGCGACGGUGGUUGGGUCAAUGCACAUGCCACCUUCUACGGCGGUGGUGAUGCCUCCGGCACAAUGGGUGGUGCUUGUGGGUAUGGGAAUCUGUAUAGUCAAGGGUAUGGUACAAACACAGCAGCGUUAAGUACUGCUUUGUUCAACAAUGGUUUGAGCUGUGGCUCGUGCUUUGAAAUCAAGUGUGUGAAUGACCAUCAAUGGUGUUUGCCGGGGUCUAUUAAGGUCACCGCCACCAACUUCUGCCCACCGAACUCCGACGGUGGGUGGUGCAACCCUCCUAACCAACACUUCGAUCUCUCUCAGCCUAUCUUCCAACAUAUUGCUCAAUACAAAGCCGGAAUCGUCCCUGUUGCUUACAGAAGGAUACCAUGUGUUAGAAGGGGUGGGAUUAGGUUCCAAAUCAAUGGACAUUCGUAUUUCAAUUUGGUGUUAAUUACAAAUGUGGGUGGCGCCGGUGAUGUUCAUUCGGUGGCAAUUAAAGGGUCAAAGACUGGAUGGCAACAAAUGUCAAGAAACUGGGGGCAAAAUUGGCAAUCCAACAAUUAUCUCAACGGGCAGAGUCUGUCUUUUAAGGUCACCACAAGUGAUGGUAAAACCGUGGUGUCUAACAAUGUUGUCCCUGCUGGUUGGUCUUUCGGGCAGACCUUCGCUGGUGCCCAAUUCCGAUGAAAAGACGUUUUUACCCUUGUUUGGGAAAUUGGUUUUAGUGGUCACCUUGGGUGUUACUAUUGUAUCUUUUAGCAACUACAAUAGCUACUACUACACUACUACUAUAAUGACUAAGGGCUUAUUUUGAUAGGGUCAUUUUAGUCAUUUUGAUUUUUAGGGUGCCCAUCUAGUUUUUAGUUUAGGGUGCCCUAGGGUUUGUUUUGGGUUUGGGUUUGGUUUUCUUUGUUUUUGUGGUUUAGGGCAGUGGUGGACUAUUACCACCCGCCAUAGUCGUAAUUGACGUUUUUGCCCUUGGUAUUGGGCCAUUGGAAAUCUCUUUUUUAUUUUUUGCAUUGUAUUGGGUUGUGUGAGGUCCUAAGUUGUAAAUUUACGUUUUUUUAUUAGUAAUGAAAGGUGACUACUCUACUUACUACUA